AUGGAAGUUUCAGCUGCUGUGGCAAAUUACCACUGGUUGAAAUAUGCGGCUUUACCCCUGUGGAUUUUGCUGAUGCUUUUACUGUUGCACAAACAACUUAGCCGUUGGGAUGGACUGAUGGGAUCUCUGUCUCAUCCCGGACUUGGAGAAAACGGAACUGCCUCGUAUUUGAGUGUUCCGUCAGCGGAAAUCGAUGCGUAUACGCAGGGUUGGCAGCGAUAUGCAUAUAACGCUUGGUUGGCAGAGAAAAUAUCUAUAUGGCGGUCUUUGCCAGACUUUCGAGAUCCCCGUUGCCUGAACUUCACAUACGACGAGGAUCCCGAUGAAAUGCGACCAGCCAGCAUUAUAUUGAUCUUCCGGAACGAGCCACUCGUGGUUCUGCUUAGAACAUUACAUAGUUUGGUGGACAGGACUCCAAGACAUCUCUAUUCCGAACUUAUUCUAGUCGACGAUCAUAGUGAUUCGGACUUCUGGAACGAACAAUUUUCGGUGUUCUUUUUCGACACCUAUGUGCACAGAUAUAUUUAUCCGAAGGCCCGAAUAUUACACCUCCAUGAACAAGUGGGCCUAAUCAAAGCUCGUAUUUUGGCCGCCAAUGAAGCCAAGGCGGAUAAUCUGGUUUUUGUGGAUGCCCAACUAGAGUUUACCGAAGGCUGGUUGACCCCAUUACUUAACACAAUUUCGGAGCAAAGUCUGACCCUGGCCACUCCCAUUUUGGAUAAACUUGAUGAGCAAACUUUGGCCUACCUUCGUUCAACCGAGAGGCGUGGAAUUUACGAUUGGAGCUUGAGGCGCCGGGAAGUUCCGCUUUCAAAAGCUCGAAGGAUGCGUCUGCCCAGACCUUAUGAAGUGGCUGCCGUAAGGACUUCCGUGUUUGCUAUUCGAGCACUUUCGUUUCAGGACCUCUCGAAUUUCGACAAGGAACUGCGAGGUUUUGGUGGCGCUGAGCUAGAACUUAGUUUUAAAGUUUGGCGAAGUGGUGGACGUAUAGUUCUAGUUCCCUGCUCCAGAGUAGGCCACUUGGAGCCCAAAGAUCAAAACUAUCUAAAGCGAUAUGGUGACCUCAACAAAAUGGGACUUCAAGCCUCAAGGAACCUUAAACGCAUUGUGGAACUGUGGAUAGAUAGCCCUAUUCUAAAAUCGGCCAUCUAUCAAUACCAGCCCCAACUCUUGAAUGUAUCUGAAGGCGAUCUCAGUGAAUCUCGGAAAUUAUACCAGCAAUAUGACUGCCAGUCCUUUCAGUCGUUUAUUAACGAAGUUAUGCCGGAACUAAAACAAUUAUUGCCGACAAAUCGUACGGAUUUCGCCACAGGAUAUUUAAAGCCUCUAGAAUUUCCCAAAAGCUGUUUGACAGUCAAUGCCAAAAGCAAACUUAUCGGUCUGGAGCCAUGCAAUGCAAAUAAUACUCUAAAAAACUGGACACUAACCUAUCUCAACGAUCUGCGAGUUGGGGGAACUAUUUGUGCCGAAGUGCAACCCAAUCUGAAGUUGGAAUACAAUUUCUGCCACAAUCUUGGAGGUCGUCAGAGUUGGCACUAUGAUGUGGUCAACAAUCAACUGGUGAGCAGUACGAGGUGUCUGGAAUUGGGAGUUAAACUAAAUUUAUUCCUAAGUCUUUGCAACAGAUCAAACAAAAAACAGAGGUGGAUACUUGAUAAUUUAAAUCUAUGAGUUAUGCUAUCAGUAAAUACUUAG